AUGGAUGUAUUACAAUCCCUUACAAACUUCAGUGGAAAGCUUUAUGGGGAAAUAGUGGACGAAAACCAGAGUCAUUUUGAGAAUACCUUUCUUUCUCCCUUUAAUAUAUAUACUGCCUUGGGAAUGAUCCUUUCUGGCAGUGAAAUGAAUACAAAAACGGAGAUAAUGAAAGUGAUGCACUUAUCUGCUUAUUUGGAACAUCACACAAUUCACCAUGGAAUCAGUGGACUUCUGUUUGACUGUGCAGAACGUGGUGAAGGUGUUGAGAUAAUGUUUGGGAACGGAUUGUUUACAGCAGAAGAUGUGGAUGUUAAAGAAGACUACCAAAAUACUCUUAAGAGUUAUUACAACGCACAAACAGAAUCUGUGACAUUUCAGAUGGAUCCGGAAGGCGCUGGAAAACGAAUAAACCACUGGGUUGGUGAACAGACCAGAGGAAAAAUUCGUGAACUCUUUUCGUCUCAAUCACUAUCAACCGACACAUCAGUUUUAGUAAUAACCACUACAUACUUCGAAGCUCUGUGGAAUAUACCUUUUCUUCAAGGAAGUUCACACGAAAGCGAUUUCUAUAAACUUGACGGAUCAACAAUGAACGUGAAGUUAAUGUACAUGAAUUCCUCAUUUGAAAUCGUCAGUUUACCUCAUUUGAAUUCACGGGCUAUUAAGAUGCCAUUUAAAGAUCCUAAAUUCUCAUUAUUGGUCGUUCUACCAAACACAAAUGAUGGAUUACCUGAAUUACUAAAUGCGUUACAGAGAGAUGAUGGAAUUUCAUCAAUUCUUUCUUCUAAAUUUACGGAGACCAGUAUACAUUUGUACUUACCAAGGUUCAAACUGAAAGAAGGCAGUGCUAUUAGCCUUGUAGAAUAUCUACAGAAAAUGGGAAUGAAGGAUGCUUUUUGUCCAGGAUCAGCUAACUUUACAAACAUGUCUGAGUCAAGUAAUUUAUGCAUACGAGAUAUACUUCAUAAGGCUAUUCUUGAAAUUGCUUUUACCUGUUAAGAUUGUGAAAUAAACUUGAAGCCCUCGUCGGUCGUAGUCAGUAUGGGUGAGAUUUGAUUUCUGCCUACUUGUUUAUACAGGAAUUUAUACUUGCGAGUAAUGCGUCCUGCUAUUUAUUCGAAGCCACACCUUUCAACAUAUAGAGCUGAUUGCUAGUUUGAUGCAUAGAACUCUAUCGAAAUAUUGAGUCAACUUAACACCAGUAACGUGUAUCACACGGAUGGACUUCGAUAAGAUAAUGUUUCGUGAUUUCUCACUUGACCUCUUUGUCAUGAAAUAAUUUUGAAUAUAAUAAACUCUGGGUAGUCAUGAGUGACAUUGAUAUUUCAAAAUAAUGUUGCUCAUGGAGAAACGAUCUGUUUAGUUUGUCAAGAAAUCACGACCAGCCGCAGCAAUAACUUUGACGUUCUCUAUUCGUCUCUUGGAGUCAGUGAUGGUAAUCCACGAAGAGUCACAGAAUGUGGUAAUCUUUGAAAAGUAUAUUCAGACAGCUCUGUGAAAUAGUUGUGUUGGUCAGAAUGUUUGAGAAUCAUCCGUUGUUAUAGAUUUGUGUAAGGAUGUUAAAAUUACAUCCAUCAGCCGAUUUUCCACAGGCUUUCGUCAGCCUAUUAUGGUGUUGACUUUCGAUUUCCAAUCAUGUCGCACAUAUUUCUACUUCCCAGAAAUCAAGCACGAUGAACUAUGAUGUCGAGCCACAUUGAUUCAUAGAGUUUGGUGAAUGUUGCGGACAAGGUAACUAAACAUUACUUAAUCUGCUUUGAAAAAUCCCUCAUAAACUAUUCACAUCAAUGAAUGCUUCAGACAGAAUGAUAAUGAGUAAAUCUGGGAUUCUCUGUAACGUGAAAUAUUGUAAUUAUUUUUAAUGUUUCUUCCACCUAAAAGUUAUCAAUGUCAGUUUUAUUGAUUUUUGUCAAUAGGUGGAUGAACAGGGUG